AUGUCGCAAUCUAGUGGAUUAGGGUCGGAUUUGAACCAUCUGACUGCCGCCCAAAGGUCAGCCGUUCUCGACAGGCUCAACCAGAUCCAGUACCAGGAUACAAUGGACACCUACAACGGCCUCGUCGAGCGGUGCUUCAACGAGUGUAUAACUGGCUUCAGGUCGAAGGAUCUUGACAUGAAGGAGUCCCAGUGCGUGGAAUCCUGCGUGAAGCUGUUCUUCGACUUUUCCCAGAGGGUUUCCACUCGUUUCGGCGAGAAGCAAUCGAAAAUUUAG